AGCCUGCUCUCCCCGUUUUUUCUAGGUCACUCCUGGAAGCAAGGCUGCUUUAGCUAAUUUAUGUAUUGGAGAUGUAAUCACAGCCAUUGAUGGGGAAAAUACUAGCAGUAUGACACACCUGGAGGCUCAGAACAAAAUUAAGGGCUGCACAGACAACAUGACUCUCACGGUCACCAGAUCUGAACAUAAAAUCUGGUCUCCUCUGGUUGUGGAGGAAGGCAAGCGUCAUCCAUACAAAAUGAAUUUAGCCUCUGAACCCCAAGAGGUCCUGCACAUAGGAAGCGCCCACAACCGAAGUGCCAUGCCCUUCACUGCCUCGCCUGCCUCCAGCACUGCCCCCCGAGUCAUCACGAACCAGUACAACAACCCAGCUGGCCUCUAUUCUUCUGAAAACAUCUCUAACUUCAACAACGCCUUGGAAUCAAAAACUGCAGCCAGCAUGGAGGAGGCGAAUGGCAGACCCCUAGAUCAUUCUCAGCCUCCCGGUGGCCUUGUCAUCACCCAAGAAUCUGAAGUUUACAAGAUGCUUCAGGAGAAACAGGAGUUGAAUGAGCCUCCAAAACAGUCCACGUCAUUCCUGGUUUUGCAGGAAAUCCUGGAGUCUGAGGAAAAAGGGGAUCCCAACAAGCCCUCAGGAUUCAGAAGUGUUAAAGCUCCUGUCACCAAAGUGGCUGCAUCGAUUGGAAAUGCUCAGAAGUUGCCUAUGUGUGACAAAUGUGGCACGGGCAUUGUCGGUGUGUUUGUGAAGCUGCGGGACCGUCACCGCCACCCUGAAUGUUACGUGUGCACUGACUGUGGCACCAACCUGAAACAGAAGGGCCAUUUCUUUGUGGAGGAUAAAAUCUACUGUGAAAAACAUGCCCGGGAGCGAGUCACACCACCUGAGGGCUAUGAUGUGGUCACUGUGUUCCCCAAGUGAUUCAGCAGAUCUGGACUGACCUCUGUUCUUUAACCAUGUUGUCUUCCAAAUGGUCUAGUUCUCUCCUCUCUUGAGAGUUCUGUGCUUCCCUUGGUUCUGCUCUGCUCAUUAAAUACCAAGUCCCCCACUUUUGGCAACUGAUUCACACUGGCUCUGUGACGGCUGGCUUUUACGAUUCAUGGAAAAUUAUUUUCGUUCUAAGUCACCUUGCUAGUAUCACUAUGUAUUUCCUCACCUCAGUUCUUCUCUGCUGCAAAUGGACGUCAGGCAGAUUUGAACCAAACCAAAUUUAGUGAGUCAUAUGAUUUUGUUUUUACUCAAUAAAUGUACAGACUCUGAA